UUUUUAAUUAGAAGAAAAGAAAGGGACUCAUAGCCUCAUUCGUUUCUCAUUCUCAUGUUUCUCUUUUCUCUCAACUCAAACUGCUCUGUUUUGGGGGCUUUAAUCUCAAUCCCAACACUGAAACAAACACCAUGAUCGAAUUCUUCCUUACCUACAAGAAUUUGUUACUCCAAGCCCUUCUCUCACUCUCACUCACCCUUUUUCUCGUCUUCCUCAAAAUCCCCAUCUUCUUCCUCCACGGUCUCUUCACUUACAUUCACCCAGACAACCUAAGUAAUGGCGUCAAAGCCGCUAUUCGGAGGCCCGACACCUCCGAUUCCACUUCCAGAAACAAUACUGAGCUCAGAAAGAGGAACAAAUCCAAGGACAAGUUUGAGUUCGAUGAAAACAAUGCCCAGAUCUUCAGACUCAAGCUCGACGAAGCCCAUCUUCAAUCACGCCUCUUUUCCGAUGACUAUCGUAACGCUUUUACAAUCUCAUUCGUUGCUAUUUCUUGUUUUUUACUUCAUGUAUACUUAAGUAGUAGCGCAUCAGAAGAAUCUGGGUUUGGGAUUUUGGUUCCGGUUCUUUUAGGUUCCGUUGCUGUUUUUAAGUUACUGAUAUUGCUGGCUAAACUUUCGUUUGAAAAAUCUGCUUCGAGGCGCUCGGAGAAGCUAUUAUGUGUUGUUUUUGGGAUUUUAGGAUUGAUAUUAGGGAGUGUGACUUGUUGUAGAUUUACUUCCUUGGUUUUAGAUUUUGAUUUUGGUUCAAUUGAUGGGUUUGGAAGAAUGUUCAUUGCUGUUUUUAUGAGCUGCACAUCCACAAUAUUGUUCAUGCCCUCCAUGAAGAUUGCCAGAUCGUUUUGGCUUGGGACAGAUCAAAUUAGGUCUAAUUUAUCAGUGAUGACAUGUGAAUGGUAUGGUAGAUUUGUGUUAUAUGCAAACUAUUUGUUGAUGACAUUAACAGGGCUGUUAUGGAUCAAGCCCUUAUCUGAAUUGCUUGUUAUUAAUAAUAACAACACGAAAAAUAGUAUUCGAAAUGCAGAAAGAUUGGCAGGGAAUAUCGGGUUUUCGCCUUCUGAGUUUGAUAAACUCAGAAUUUGGUCGUUGGUUCUUUCAGGUGUCUUGCAACUUGUUGCAUUACGCCCCAACUUGCAAAUGUACCUAAAUGAGGCACUUCUUUCAUGGUAUCAACGAUUGCAUGCUAGCAAGGUUCCUGAUUUGGAUUAUAGUAGAGCAAAGGUUUUCUUGCACAAUCACUACUUGUGCCUUGUAGUUAUUCAGUUCUUUGCACCACCAAUGUUGAUACUUCUCUUUGUUGGAUUUUCUCAAGUUGAUGGUCACUAUUUUGAUAAUUACCAAUUCAUGUGCAGCCUACUGCCUUGUUCUGCCUUUGUGAAAGAAGUGGGUUUAUUCAUGGCUUGGUGGGUUGUCUUUGUUUCAUCUGUUUACACUUCAGCAACUAUUGCCCUUUUUCGGUGUGGCAACUUGUAUUUAUCUUGAUGACUUUGUUCUCAUCUUUCAACCUUCAAAAUGGUUGUUCAGUUGGAUUUUUUUGGCAAAUUUUGAGUGAAGACUAUUUUGCUUGUCACAGAAAUUUUAUUAAUGGAUCAUUGCAUUUCGUAACUCGUUUCAAAAGAUAAGCAUUAUCUGGUAUUGUCUCAAACCCUCAAUUUAGUGUGUUAUCUUCAUUACUUGUGCUCAUACUCAUAGAUUAAUUAUAGCAGUUCACUUUCUUAUAUAUAAGCUUACUUAUUAGCAUUUAAUUUUACUAGAGACUGAUCUUUUUAAUGGGGAUUCUUUACUAGUACUAACUCAGGAUUUUCUAUCAUAACAAAUGUAUGUGUAGUUUGUUUUUGAUUGUAAAAAAUGUAUACAUUCACAUUUGAAGCUAUAAAUUAGAACUUUACCUUGUCA